AUGAUGCAACGAUCAGCCCAUGACGCGAAUACUGUCACGUUUGUUCUUGUGUUAUCUGCUUGUUCGGGUAACAAGAAUUUUAAAUUCGGGCUGCAAGUUCACGGGCUUCUCGUGAAAGUCGAUUUAGUACUCGAUUUGUUAGUCGGAACUGCGCUUUUGGACAUGUAUUCGAAAUGUGGAUAUUGGCAUCAGGCUUAUGAUGUGUUUAAAGAGCUGCGCGAAAUCAGGAGUUUAAUCACAUGGAAUUCAGUGAUAUCCGGGAUGAUGCUAAACGGCAAAAGCGAAAGCGCUAUCGGCGUUCAAAUCCUCUCCAAAUCAAAGCUUGAGAAAUGCGAAAGGUCUUCGGACGGUCCUCUCAACUGCACCUCAAAAAUCGUCAUCAAUAUGGCGGUUCCUAGGAGUGGUAAAGAAGCGUCCAUUGUGGUGCGAGUGGAUGAGGUGGAAGAGAAAUCGGAUGACACAAUUAAAACGCUUCGGGAUCUACCUGUGAUUACUGUUUACAAAUCUGCAGCAUACGCGCUGCAUGAUCUGACUUAUAUUAGAGAUGUCCCUUAUAAACCUGAAGAGUUUCAUGUUAAGACGCGCAAGUGUGAGUCUCAUGCUGGUGCAAAUAUUGUUGGGCAAUGUGUGAGCGUGGCAAUAGGAGCGUUUGCUCCAAUGGAAAAGGGUAUUUUGGUAAGUUGCUCUGCGGGUAACGCGGGGCCCACUUCGUACAGUUUAUCCAACGUGUCACCGUGGAUAACAACCGUCGGCGCAGGGACAUUGGACCGUGACUUCCUGGCGUACGUUAGUCUCGGCAACGGGAGAAACUAUUCUGGUGUCUCGUUGUAUAUGCUGAUUGAUGGAAGUGUUCCAAACACACGAGUUACAGCAAAUUGUGGUGUAGUGAAGCCAAAAGUUGCUGCAGCUGAAUAUAUAUCUCAAGGUCUUUUAUUACUUACUCUUACAUCUUUAAUAGCUAUGGUUGAAUAUAGUGAAUUGGCUGACGCGGCGACAAUAAGGAGUAAGUGCAGGGACCAACUAUGA